AAUCGGCCCCCUUUCUCACUAGAGAUCCCUCCGAUGAAGACCAGCGUAGACAGGAGUUAGUCACGGCUGCAAGAACCUCACCAGAUACAAUUAGGACCGAGAUUUCGUCCUCUCGCACACCUGCAGCAUCAGUUCAUAUUCCCAGCUAGAAACCACCGUGUAGCAACCAUGUCUGUAGCGGGACUGAAGAAGCAAUUCCACAAAGCCACUCAGAAAGUGAGCGAGAAAGUUGGAGGUGCAGAAGGAACGAAGCUCGAUGAGGACUUCACUGAAAUGGAAAAGAAGAUGGACACCACCGCUCGGGCAGUGCUGGACAUCAUGACCAAGACGACUGAGUAUCUGCAGCCAAACCCAGCCACCAGAGCUAAGAUGAGCAUGAUGAACUCCAUGUCACGUAUGCGGGGGCAGGAGAAGGGACCGGGCUACACACAGACCGAGACCAUCCUGGGAGAGUCCAUGCAGAGGUUUGGCAGGGAGCUCGGAGAGGAUUCUAACUUCGGCCUUGCUCUGAUUGAUGUUGGGGAAGCCAUGCAUGAGCUUGGAGAGGUUAAGGACGCUCUGGACAUGGAGGUAAAGCAGAACUUCAUCGAUCCACUGCAGAACCUCCAUGAAAAAGAUCUGAAGGAGAUUCAGCAUCACCUGAAGAAAAUGGAGGGUCGCCGUCUGGACUUUGAUUAUAAAAAGAAACGCCAGAGCAAAGUGACAGACGACGAGCUCAAACAAGCCUUAGAGAAAUUCGAUGACUCCAAGGAGAUUGCUGAGCAGAGCAUGUUCAACCUGUUGGAGAGUGAUAUUGAACAGGUGAGCCAGCUCGCUGCACUGGUACAUGCUCAGGUGGAGUACCACAGCAGGGCUGCUGAGAUCCUCACACAGCUCUCCAGUAAGAUCGACGAACGGAUAAGGGAUACUUCUAACAAACCGAGGAAAGAGUACACUCCUAAACCACGUACCUCUCUGGACUUCUCCAUCAGUGAGAACCACAAUGGAGGCAUCCACAGUGCCCGCUCUCCAGGCGCGAGGUCUCCAGCAAGGUCUCCAGCAAGAUCUCCAGCCAGGUCUCCAGCCCCUAUGGACCAGCCCUGCUGUCGUGCACUCUACGAUUUUGACCCUGAGAAUGAAGGUGAGCUAGGCUUCAAGGAAGGCGAUAUCAUCACCCUGACCAAUAAGAUCGAUGACAACUGGUACGAGGGGAUGCUGCACGGCAACUCCGGCUUCUUCCCCAUCAACUAUGUGGAUAUCCUGGUGCCGCUGCCCCACUAGGACGUCACCACUACCAGCUGUGUCUGCAACGGUGGCGAAACAAAUCCUAGCCUCCAGUUCCUCCCACCAGUAUUCCCGGUAACCUUUUUCCUAAACAUUCCUACCAACCACCUGUACUCCGCUUUAAAGGAGUCGAAACAGCAACAACACAAUAACGAACGAAGAUACGAACAAAGAUUGACGACAAAUUAAAGCAAGUAUGCACCAAUUGCUCAUAAAAACUUUUAAAAGAGGAAAAAUCUGCAUUGAUGUCGUUGCUUCCCCUUAUCCCAGGAGGUACCUUCAGGCUUUCAUCCAUUUCUGUUCUGGCUUUUGUCUCAGUUUAUGUUGGCUGUCAGUCCGUCAUGAGUUUAUCAAAACAGCUUUGCAAAAUCACACUUCUCUCUCAUUCACUGUACUUUGUGGAAACCUCUACGGUAGAUAAAAACAUUUCUGUCACAUACUAGGAAAAAAAAAAAUCAGUCCACGUGAAUCACGUUUGUUAGCGACUCUAGGUCAAGCAUGUUUCAAGUGUUUAACGUUUUUAUCUUAUAAAAGAAAUAUGUUGAGCUGAUUUUAGUUGUUUUUUUUAUAUAUAUAUAUUCUUCUUUUUAAUGGUAGUCAUCUCUUGGCAUGUUGGGAAGUUUCUGGAGUAAUCACUUCCCUGUCUUGCUCAAAAAGGAUGUAUUCAGCAGUUUUGACAAAAGACCAAUUCAUCUAGCUAAUAACUAACAACCAAGAUUACCUAUUACCAAGAAUAUUGUUAUUUUUUACAUAUCAACAUGCGCACAUGAUUGGUCAUAUGUGAUUCAGAUACCAAAAUUACCUGCAAAAACCUGAACAAACUCCAAUUUUAGCUUUGAGAUUUCAUGACAGCAUGGUAUCAGUAAAUCUGUUCGAUGCAACAUGCUGAAGCUUGCAAUCUCUAGUUCUUUGGUAUUCUUAUCAGGAGGGCUGAAACUGUAUUUGUAAGUAUGUGUCAUUACAUAUCUGAGCCAGUGAUUAGUGGAGUGAUGACAUUAUUUGCAAAAAACACAAGUUGUAAAGUUUAAACUGUUUAAAGUGAUGUAAGAAAACUAUGGUGCAUAAGUAUAAAAUCCUCCAAGUGUAUUUUAUCAGCAGCUUGUGUGAAAAAUGGUUAAUGUAUUGUGAUAUAAUAACUUAGAGGACUGAACUGCUCAUAGGGGCAACUGUUUGCUGCAGCUGAAGCCGUAUCUCUUCUUGCUGCACCCCUAACUAGUCCGAUUAGUAUUCUGUAGUAUAGCUGUCAAUAAGCCAUUGAUUAAGAGGAAACUAGACAUAGCUAGGAACGCACAAAUGGCUGAACGGAAUGAGAAAUCAUUUCUUUAUGUCUCGGCGGAAAUGUUUUAUUCAUUUGAAAUGAUGCAACUUAAACUUAAAAAAACUUUUCUCCAACAUAAUAUGGACUACAAGCCACUGGUUUGACCUUUUCAUGUCAUGUUAGACAUGAGAAAAAUUGCUAGGCUAUAAGAUUGUACAUUAGGUUUAAUUUUCCUAAUGAGCUGUUGUAUGCAGUAUUGUGUGGGAUUUUCUGUCCCUAACUUAUGUACUGAUACUCUAGAAAUCAAACCAACUUCAGUUAUUACCGAACAUGUUUUAGUCAGCUGAUCAGAUGCUGUACGUUCUCCCUGAGGUUUUACACUCUGCAAUGUCCAUGAUUAAACCCAUCUGCAGGAGAAUUGAAUAGCGGUAACAGUUUUUUUUUGUUUUGUUUUUUUUCCCCCACUCAUCUUGUAGUGGUGUUGUGCAUGUAUUUGGGGGAGGGGAGCGUAUUUGGGUUUGCUAACUGUACAUGUUAUGCACAGGGAUGGGGUUGCAGAGGACCUCUGAUGCUGAGGUAUUUAAAAUAUACUGUCUCUGACAGUGUUCAACAUUAAAACAAACAUGGAUGUCUCUUUUAAUUAAAGGACCAAUUCAUUAUAUUCAGUAGAAUUACACUAGAUGAUACAAAACCAACGGAUACCCCAUAUUAAGUGGUGUGUUUUUUGUUGUUGUUUUGUUUUAGGGAAGCACAACUUUGACAGUAUACUUUGUUGGCUGGGGAAGAAUACAAUACAGUUUGAAGAUCAUGUAUUCAAGUUUUUUUUAAAGGCGAUACAAUUCCUUCCUUAUUUUUCUCUUUCACUUUUUUUGAACAAUCGUGUGUAUCUUUGCCCUCAAUGAGGACUGUACAGCUUUUCUGUGUUUUGUUUUCACCUUGUGUGUAUAGUCGCGCAUCAACAGUAACGUAUCUUAUUUUUGUAACUGUGACAAAAGUAUACACAUACAGUAUAGAUGUAUAUAUACAGUAUAUUAUCCAGAAGCAAUGUGAAAGGAGGGAUUCUCUGUGCUGCACAUGAUUGUCUUUGGAUUGUUUUUUUGUUUGUCUUCUGUUUUUGUUUUCUUUUAUUCUUGCACUGGAUUCUACGACUGUAUGCUUGAUGUAAAGGGAAAAAAAAUGUGAUAAGUCAAUGUAAUUUAUUCAAAUAAAUAACAAGAAAUAGU